AUGAUGAGAAAUGAAAAACAUCAGUCGAUCUCCACUCAACUUUCGACUACAACGAUGGGCGACAAAUCGGCGUACAUGGGAGCCGGCGGCUACUAUCAACAGAGUGGACAUACCUAUUCGACUGCCAAGCAAGAAGACGGAUACGAUUUUUUGUUCAAAGUUGUGCUCAUCGGAGAUUCGGGUGUCGGAAAAUCCAACUUACUUGCGCGCUUCACUCGUAACGAAUUCAACCUUGAGUCAAAGUCAACGAUUGGAGUCGAAUUUGCUACUCGAAGUAUUCAGGUUGAGGGGAAAACGGUGAAGGCGCAAAUUUGGGACACAGCCGGCCAGGAGCGUUAUCGCGCAAUCACAUCCGCCUACUAUCGAGGAGCAGUUGGCGCUCUUCUUGUUUACGAUAUUGCGAAGCACGCGACUUACGAAAAUGUCGAGCGAUGGGUAAAAGAACUACGCGAGCAUGCCGAUCAGAACAUCGUCAUCAUGCUUGUCGGAAACAAGAGUGACUUGCGACAUCUACGAGCUGUACCGACUGACGAGGCAAAGAUGUAUGCCGAACGGAGUCAACUUUCAUUCAUCGAAACGUCAGCUUUGGAUAGCACCAACGUCGAGACAGCUUGCACAAACAUUUUGACGGAAAUUUACAGAUCUGCUUCGAAUAGGCAUGUUGGAGACGACCGUGCAAAUGUUUCAAUCGCAAGAGGUGUUGAUCUUGUCGGUCGUUCCAACGAGCAACAGAACAAGAAAUGCUGCUCU